UGGAGCAGCGGCGGGAUGAGGCCAGGUUUCAGCCCCCGGGGGGGCCGCGGCGGCCGCGGGGGGUUCCGGGGGGGCCGAGGAGGCGCAUUCUCGGCCCGGGGUGGGGCCCGCGGGGGCGGGGCCGGGGCACGGGGGCGGGGCGGCCCCGCCCGGGGGGGUCGCGGGGGCCGGGGGGGCCGCGGCGGCUUCCGGGGGGGCAAGAAAGUGACAGUGGAGCCACAUCGGCACGAAGGGGUGUUCAUCUGCCGGGGGAAGGAGGACGCGCUGGUCACCCGCAACCUGGUCCCGGGGGAGUCGGUGUAUGGGGAGAAAAGGAUCUCUGUGGAGGAGGGCGACGCCCGGGUGGAGUACCGCGCCUGGAACCCGUUCCGCUCCAAGCUGGCGGCCGCCAUCCUGGGCGGCAUCGACCGCAUCCACAUCCGCCCCGGCGCCAAGGUGCUCUACCUGGGCGCGGCCUCGGGCACCACCGUCUCCCACGUCUCCGACAUCGUCGGGCCCGAGGGGCUUGUUUACGCCGUGGAAUUCUCCCACCGCUCGGGCCGUGACCUCAUCAACGUGGCCAAGAAACGCACCAACGUCAUCCCCGUCAUCGAGGACGCGCGGCACCCCCACAAAUACCGCAUGCUCAUUGGGAUGGUGGACGUGAUCUUCGCGGACGUGGCGCAGCCCGACCAGACCCGCAUCGUCGCCCUCAACGCCCACAACUUCCUGCGCCGCGGCGGCCACUUCGUCAUCUCCAUCAAGGCCAACUGCAUCGACUCGACGGCGCCGGCCGAGGCCGUCUUCGCGGGGGAGGUGAAGAAGAUGACGGGGGAGCAGAUGAAGCCACAGGAGCAGCUGACGCUGGAGCCCUACGAGAGGGACCACGCCGUGGUGGUGGGCGUCUACAGGCCCCCUCCCAAGGAGAAGUGACGCCUCUUCCUCCCCCUCCCUCCCUUGGGGGGGGGCUCGAUCCUGGCACUGGGGGAGGGGUGGGGGCUCGUGCUGCCCCUCCCCUCCCCCCAUUUCGCUUUUUUGGGGCAAAUCGCGGCGGUUUUGGGGGCGGGGGGAGGGGCGGAACCGGGGGUUUGUAUUAAAGUCAAGGGCAAAAGGUGGCUCGU